GUAUUACAAAAGCCAUGAAAAUCGAGUGUUUACGUCAUGAUGAGUCCAGAAGUGAUCCGUACGGUAGCCAAUCGUUACGCUUCCCAGCUGCAACUAUGUUACCCCCUAACUUCUGCCUCUUUCUCCCUAGCCCAAACCAUCCACUCUCACAUGGUAACUUCUGGUUUCCGCCCCCGUGGCCACAUUCUCAACCGUCUGAUUGAUGUGUACAGCAAAUCAUCAAGGGUCAUCUAUGCUCGCCACCUGUUUGAUAAAAUUCCUGAACCAGAUAUUGUUUCAAGAACGACUAUGGUUUCAGCUUAUUCUUCGUCAGGCGACAUUAGAACGGCGUGGAAAAUGUUUGAAGAAACCCCUUUGAGCAUCCGGGACAGUGUUUUCUACAACGCGAUGAUCACGGGGUAUUCACGCAAUGAAGAUGGCCAUGCAUGUAUCGAACUGUUUCGCCGGAUGUUACGUGAUGAAUUUAGGCCCGAUGAUUUCACUUUCACCUCUGUUUUAGGUGGAUUGGCUCUUGUUGUCAAUAGAGCAAUGCAGUGCAAGCAAUUCCAUUGCGUAGUUUUGAAGUUAGGGACAGGGCUCGUUACUUCUGUUUUGAAUGCACUCGUUUCUGUUUAUGUUAACUGCGGAUUGGUGUUUGAAGCUAGGAAAUUGUUUGAUGAGAUUAAUGAGAAAGAUGAGUUGUCAUGGACGACGAUGGUAACGGGGUAUGUUAAGAAUGAUGAACUUGAUGCAGCAAGGGAGUUGGUUGAUGGGAUGAAUGAAAAGAUGGAAGUUGCUUGGAAUGCAAUGAUUUCAGGGUAUGUGCAUUGCGAACGUUAUGAAGAAGCACUAGACAUGUUUAGGAAGAUGUAUUUUGUGGGAAUUAAAAUGGAUGAAUUUGCAUACACUAGUAUUAUUAGUUGUUGCGUGCAUGCCGGAUUGUUUCAUCUUGGGAAGCAAGUGCAUUGUUAUGUUUUAAGGACAGAAGCUAAGCCUACACCUGAAUUUUCAUUGCCUGUGAAUAAUGCAUUAGUUACAUUGUAUUGGAAAUGUGAAAAAGUGGAUUGGGCACGCCGGAUUUUUGAUAGCAUGCCUGUAAGAGACCUUGUUUCAUGGAAUGCAAUCUUAUCUGGCUAUGUGAAUGCUGGCCGUAUCGAUGAAGGUAGGUUGUUUUUUAGGAAGAUGCCAGAGAGGAACCAUUUGACUUGGACUGUAAUGAUAUCAGGAUUAGCUCAAAAUGGGUUUGGAGAGGAGGGUUUAAAGCUGUUUAACCAGAUGAAAUCAGAGGGAUCUCAGCCAUGUGAUUAUGCAUUUGCAGGAGCAAUCACUUCUUGUGCCAUGUUAGGAGCAUUGGAGAAUGGACGUCAACUCCAUGCUCAACUUGUUCGUUUGGGGCUCGAUUCAAGCCUUUCAGCUGGAAAUGCACUGAUUACAAUGUAUGCAAGGUGUGGUGUUGUGGAAGCUGCUAAUGAGCUGUUCCUUACAAUGCCAUGUGUGGAUUCAGUCUCUUGGAAUGCCAUGAUUGCAGCUCUUGGCCAGCAUGGGCAUGGAAUACAAGCAUUAGAACUUUUCGAGCAGAUGUUGGGUGCAGGCAUUUCACCUGAUCGGAUUACUUACCUCACAAUUCUAUCUGCUUGUAGCCAUGCGGGUCUAGUUAAAGAAGGGCAGUAUUAUUUCAACUCAAUGCAUAGGCUUCAUGGGAUAACCCCAGGUGAAGAUCAUUACGCCCGUCUCGUUGAUCUGCUUUGUCGAGCUGGAAAGUUCCUAGAAGCAAAGGAUGUGAUUUCAUCAAUGCCUUUUGAGCCAGGUGCAGCAGUUUGGGAGGCUCUUCUGGCUGGAUGCCGGACUCAUGGAAAUGUAGAUUUGGGGGUUCAAGCCGCUGAACGACUAAUCGAACUGAUGCCGCAACACGACGGAAGCUAUGUCCUUUUGUCUAAUAUGCAUGCUACUGCUGGGCGGUGGAACGACGCUGCAAACGCACGGAAACUAAUGAGAGACAGAGGAAUACGCAAGGAACCUGGAUGUAGUUGGGUGGAGGUUGAGAACAAAGUCCAUGUUUUCUUGGUUGAUGACACAAUGCACCCUGAGGUGCAAGCAGUUUACAAUUAUCUUAACAAAUUGGUGACGGAAAUGAGAAGAUUGGGUUAUCUUCCGGACACCAAGUUUGUACUACACGAUAUAGAGUCUGACCAGAAAGAACGUGUCCUGUCGGCUCACAGCGAGAAGCUUGCUGUAGCUUUCGCACUCAUGAGGCUUCCUCGUGGAGCCACCGUGAGGGUAUUCAAGAACCUUAGGAUUUGUGGGGAUUGCCAUAAUGCAUUCAAGUUUAUGUCAAAAGUGGUGGGAAGAGAGAUUAUUGUAAGAGAUGCAAAGAGGUUUCAUCAUUUUAGAGAUUGCGAGUGCUCUUGUGGUGAUUACUGGUAGGCAC